CAGAUACAACGGACACAAUAAAAAUCUGAUCACAUUUUCCAGAACGGCCUCGUAGCGACUAGACGUGACACCAGGCCCCACCAGGCGACACCAUCACAAGUCCGCCAGCCAGCCAUGGGGUAUCGGGGACACGACAACCAUGCCUUCACUAUAGACGGCCAGGUCGGGGCUUCGGCGGACUGGGGGCACGAUAAGCCACGGUCACCAUGGACAUGCUGCCAGGUCACGCUGCUCGUCCUGGCAUCCCUGUCCGUGGUCGUGGGCGUGGCCAUGCUGGCAGGGGCGUACCAGGCCAUUUUUGAUGCUGUUCUGAAGGGGGAGAUGGAGGUAGUGGAAGGGUCAAGAGCGUACGAGAUAUGGCGCCUCACCCCCGUGCCUCUGUUCCUUAAGUUCUAUUUCUUCAACAUCACCAACCCUGAGGAAUUCGCGUCAGGACAGAAAGCUAAACUGCAGGAGGUCGGUCCGUAUUGCUACAGGGAGUACCACGAGAAGCAGAACAUUUCCUUCCACGCCAACAACACCGUCACUUUCCUGCAAGAGCGCUGGUGGGUAUGGGACGCAGAGGCCUCGGGGAACCAUUCCAUUGAUGAUCCUAUCGUCAACCUUAACACAAUUCCCAUAUCUGCGGCGUGGAGUGUGAGGAAGAGCAAUGUUCUACUUAGCGGCCUCAACACGUUUCUGAACCAGGUGAAUGACCUCAUCCUCACCGCCACGGCAGGAGAGAUCAUCUUCGAGGGAUACAAGGAUCCUCUGCUAGACUGGAUGCAGAACACCGAUCUUCCUGAAUUCGUGGAUCUCCCGCCUGGACUCACGGACUACGACAAGUUCGCUUGGUUCUAUAAGCGUAACAACUCCCUCACUUAUGACGGAGAGUUCAACAUGCACACUGGCCACGACACCCUGGACAACCUCGGGAAAAUUGACACGUGGGACAAACGAAACGAAACAGAUUUUUUCGAUCCCCCUUGCAAUGAAGUGACUGGGUCUGCAGGCGAGAUAUGGCCUCCCAACCGCCAGAAGGACCUUAUUGACUUCUACAGUCCUGACCUGUGCAUGACUAUGUCGCUCUUCUACGACAAAGAGAUAGAGGACGAGAACGGAGUGCCGGGCUACCGGUACUCCGCCACCAACCACACCUUCGCCAACGAGACAGUCGUGCCGGGAAACGAGUGCUAUUGCGUCGAGGGAACUUGCGCCCCGACAGGUCUGCUUAACGCCGAGUCCUGUCGCUUCGGAUCCCCCGCCUUCAUCUCUUUUCCUCACUUCCUCCACGCGGACCCUUACCUUCUCGACACUGUGGAGGGUGUGGCACCUAACAUGGAGGACCACCACUUCUACAUUGACCUCAUUCCGGAGCUCGGGAUUCCCAUACAAGUGGCAGCGCGGAUGCAGAUCAACAUGCACGUGAUUCCGUACAAGGGAAAUGGCCCCUUACACGUCGGAAAGAUAGACAUCCUUAGCAAGGUGGAAGAAGUGUACCUGCCGCUUGUCUGGUUCGAAACCAUCGCGGCGCUCCCAUCAAGUUACGCGCGGGAACUCAAGGCGCUGCUCUAUAUUAUGAACAGUCCUAUCAUUACCAUCAUCUUCUCCCUCAUGGUGGGCCUGGGCUUCUCACCAUCAUCCUUGUCCUCGUCUACCAUUACCAGUGUGCGGGACGAUCAUAGUGGCCGAGUGUACUGUUAACCAGAACUUCGACUUAUUUAUUCGUAUGGUAAGGGAAAGUCCAGGAAUAACGCUGAGAAUAAAUGUAAAAAAGUUGAGCAUUUGAUGGUGUGUAGCGAGUGUGUGUGUGUGUGUGUGUGUGUGUGUGUGUGUGUGUGUGUGUGUGUGAGUGAGUGUAGUACCCUAAUAUCACUGUGUAGGUAGAAAAUGUCGAUGCGUGUCCUCUGAAUUUAAUAGAGAUGAAUAUAUUUAUAUGAAGAAAAAGUAAAGCAACAAUAAAUUUAGGAUCUUAAAAUGCAUUUCACCUUGUGUGUGUGUGUGUGUGUGUGUGUGUGUGUGUGUGUGUGUGUGUGUGUGUGUGUGUGUGUGUGUGUGUGUGUGUGUGUGUGUGUGUGUUUCCUGUACUAUCAAGACAGUCGUGGAGCUACAGUAUUACCGAUGGCCUGUCCGUGGAGGGCGAGGCUGGCUGCACUAUACAUGAGUAUCUCCUGGAACAGCUGACGCGAACCUAAACAAAAAAUGGGGCAAAGUUGCAAGGUGGACUCCGCUGUUCGCCUCGAUCCUUUCCAGUGAUCGGUGUUAUAUCUAUUCCUCAUAAUCCCACUAGAAACUAGGCUCACCUUCAAGCAAAAUAAAAUGUAAUAAGAAAAA